GCGGGGCGGGCUUUAGUCGGCAGCUCGGCGGCGGCAGAAGGUUGAGUUGCGAUCGGACGGUGCGCAGCUCGAAGCAGGCAGCACCAUGGUGAAGAUCGCCUUCAGUUCUCCCUUCGCCCAGAAGGUCGAGCCCAAGAAGGAUGUAGCCGAGGCACUGGUGGCUGACAAGGAUCCAGAAAUUGCAACACAUGGAAAUGAAAAUUCAUCUGGAAGAUGUUUAUUGACCCUUUUGGGUCUUGCAUUCAUCUUAGCAGGGGUUGUGGUUGGUGGAGCCUGCAUCUACAAGUACUUCAUGCCUAAGCAUAAGGUGUACCGUGGGGAAAUGUGUUACUUUGAAAAUGAAAAUCAGGAUCGUGCUCUAGAACCAUACUUCCUGCCCAUUGCAGAAGAAGCUGAUAUUCGGGAAGAUGAUAACAUAGCAAUCAUUGAUGUUCCAGUUCCAAAGUUCUCGGAUAGUGACCCAGCAGCUAUUGUUCAUGAUUUUGACAGGCUUCUGACUGCUUAUCUUGACUUACAACUGGGUAACUGCUAUGUGAUCCCUCUGAACACAUCCAUUGUUAUGCCACCAAGGAAUCUGAUGGACCUGUUUGCAAAACUGGCGACUGGUUCUUACUUGCCUCAGACUUACCUAGUUCGUGAAGAAAUGGUGGUAACAGAAGAGAUAGAUAACGUGUCUGAUUUGGGCAUCUUCAUUUACCAGCUUUGUGUAGGAAAAGAGACCUUCAGACUGCAGCGCAGAGAUCAAAGGGCAGGUCUCCAGAAGCGCUCAGCUGAGAACUGUCAUACAAUCAGACACUUUGAAAAUUCUUUUGUGGUUGAAACGAAGAUCUGUCAACAGUGAAAGACACUGGAUGGAAAGUGACUAUUUCACAUCUUCAUUAAAAAGUCUGAGCUUUACAGUUUGACUUCUAAAUUAAAAUGUGCAGUGAUAAUCAAAAGCCUUAUUAUGCAUCUCCUGUGUAUUGCUUGUGUUACAAAACACACGAUCAUCAUUUCAGCUUUCUUUUGAUCCUUGGUAUAACAGACUAUUUUUAGUUGUCUUAAGUAAAACUGAAAUUUGAGACCUUUAGAAGAAAUGUGUUAGAACUUAUCCA